GUUGAAAAUGUGAAAUUACUGGAUCGUUACACGAACAGGAAGGCAGCAAACGGGACGUUGUACCUGACAGCCACCCACCUGAUCUAUGUAGAGGCAUCUGCUGAAGUCAGAAAAGAAACAUGGAUCCUGCAUCAUCAUAUUGCAACUGUAGAGAAGCUGCCCCUGACCACGGCUGGAUAUCCACUCCUGAUCCACUGCAAGAACUUCCACGUGGCUCACUUUGUCAUCGGGCAGGAACGGGACUGUCACGAAGUGUACACCUCCUUGCUGAAGCUUUCACAGCCAGUGAAACCUGAAGAACUUUAUGCUUUCUCUUACAAUCCUAAAAUGUCAAGAGAGAGCAGGGAGAUGGGCUGGAAGCUGAUUGAUUUAAAAGUGGAUUACCAGCGGAUGGGAAUUCCCAACGACUGUUGGGAAGUAACAGACAUUAAUAAAGACUAUGAGGUUUGCAACACGUAUCCUCCAGAAAUAGUGGUGCCUAGAGCUGCUCCUAAGGCCGUGGUGAUCGGGAGCUCGAGGUUCAGAAGCAGAGGGCGGAUCCCGGUGCUUUCUUACUUGUAUAAGGAAAACAAUGCUGCCAUAUGUCGCUGUAGCCAACCUCUCUCUGGGUUCAGUGCACGCUGCCUGGAGGAUGAACAGAUGCUGCAGGCCAUCAGAGAAGCCAACCCUGGGAGCUCCUUCAUGUAUGUUGUAGACACAAGGCCAAAGUUAAAUGCCAUGGCCAACAGAGCUGCUGGGAAGGGUUAUGAGAAUGAAGAUAACUAUGAUAACAUUCGCUUCAAAUUUAUUGGCAUAGAAAACAUCCAUGUGAUGAGGAACAGCUUGCAGAAGCUGCUGGAAGUGUGUGAAAUGAAGUCUCCCUCAAUGAGCGAUUUCCUCACUGGGCUGGAGAACUCAGGUUGGUUACGGCACAUUAAGGCUGUGAUGGAUGCAGGUGUCUUUCUUGCCAAGGCUGUGAAGGAUGAAAGAGCCAGUGUGUUGGUGCACUGCUCGGACGGCUGGGACCGCACCGCGCAGGUCUGCUCCCUGGCCAGCCUCCUCUUGGAUCCCUUUUACAGGACCUUCAAAGGCUUCAUGAUUCUGAUAGAAAAGGAGUGGAUUGCAAUGGGCCACAAGUUCUCACACAGGUGUGGCCAUUUGGAUGGUGACCCCAAGGAAGUGUCCCCUGUCUUCACUCAGUUUGUGGAGUGUGUCUGGCAGCUCACACAGCAGUGCCCCUGCGCCUUCGAGUUCAACGAGCGCUUCCUCCUGGAGAUCCACGACCACGUCCACUCCUGCCAGUUUGGCAACUUCCUGGGCACCUGCCAUAAGGAGCGUGAGGAUCUGAAAAUCUUUGAGAAGACCCAUUCUCUGUGGCCUUUCCUCUUACAGAAGAAGCAGGAGUUCAGAAAUCCUUUGUACAGAGGAUUUACAGCUUACAAAGAGCUUCAACCAAACACACUACCUUUCAGUUUCCAGUUUUGGUGUGGGAUGUAUAAUCGCUUUGACAAAGGAAUGCACCCAAAGCAGCAUGUGUUGGAUCAUCUGCUGAGCUGCAUGAGCCAGAAGAUGAAACUGGAGGACAAUGCAUCUGAGCUGGAAAACAAGCUUCCUUUCCUCGAUGGUCCUCUGCCCAGUGAAGCUUGCUCCUUGUCCAAAGGAGGACGUGCUGCUUCAAAGACCCCAAUGCUCAACACUCCUCAGGAUUACGAGGGGGAACCACCUCCUGCACUGAGCAACGGUGCCCCAGCAGCAGACACAGACCUGCUGCCUGAGGGGGACCAGAAGGACACAGAGAACCUGUCUGAGCACCAGGACCUCCAUGGUCUUCGUGGGACCACUGGGAUUUUGGACUCUGAAGCUGAGGGCGGAGAGCCGCGGCAGCACUGA